GAAACGUAUAAAAAGCCACGUCUAGAAGCCGCGGCACUUCAGUCUUUUCAAAAAUAUCAUAAGGAUGGCUUUAGAACGUCAAGUGCGCGCUAAGAUUGCGGCGAAACGCAAUCCGGAACAGGAGAGGGAGGCGCAGGAAUGGAUCGAAACGGUCCUUGGCAAGAAAUUUCCUCCCGGUGAAACCUUCGAGGAUGUGCUCAGGGACGGCCAGGUCUUGUGCCAUGUGAUGAACAAACUCGCUCCUGGAUCCGUACCGAAAAUCAACACUUCCGGCGGACAAUUCAAGAUGAUGGAGAACAUUAAUAUGUUUCAAAAGGCGUUAAAGGAUUACGGGGUGGACGACGUUGACGUUUUCCAGACCGUAGACUUAUGGGAAAAGAAGGAUAUAGCUCAAGUAGUAACGACAUUGUUCGCACUUGGCCGAACGACAUACAAGCAUCCCGAAUGGAAAGGACCCUAUCUUGGACCUAAGCCAGCAGAGGAGUGCAAACGUGAAUUUACAGAGGAACAAUUGCGAGCUGGCGAGGCGGUGAUCGGUCUUCAGGCAGGUUCUAACAAGGGUGCAACCCAGUCCGGUCAAAGUAUCGGCGCCACCCGUAAGAUUCUCCUUGGAAAGUAAAUUGAAAAUUCGGCCUAGCUGCUUACAAGUCCUCCUUUCCACACUUUAGAGCUAAAACAUCAUAUACUUUUUUAUGUAUAUACACAUAAACACGUAUAUAUAUUUUAUUUUACUUUUGUAAUUAAAUGAUAAUGAAUCGCUGCUAUUUAUUCCCCUUCAUUUUACUUGAUGAGAUAACCACCGAUGGCCGCCAAUGUAUCUCAUCAUAGUAAACUCUAAUCUUUUUAUAGUUAGUCGAAAGGUAUAUCUUUGUCAAUUAAGCCAGCGAGCACAUUUGAUAAAUUUAUUAUAGUUAUGAUUAACGGAGAUUAUUAUCGUUAUUUAAUCAAUUUUCUUAUCUUUUCGCGCGUCGAGAUUCCAUGUCUUGAAAAAUGUUCAAGUGUCGAUGACAGGCGUAUGCGUUUCAAGGCAACAAAAAAAAAUUGUUAUUUAACUUUAGUUGAUUGCGCGCUUUGGAACAACGAAGUAAUUGUUAUCUAAAGAAUUCCAAAUAAAGUUCGUUCUAUCCAUCCGAGAUAAAA